UUGCGAUAAUGCUGGGUUCUGAUAAUAGCAACGUUUGAACGUGUCUUAGAUGUUCAAAGUGCGUCUCGGCAUCGCGGUGGCAUUUAUUGCCGUCGUGGUGUCUCCGCUGCUGCUGGAAUGUACCACAACGUGUCGGGUGGGAGAUCCCAGCGAUUAUGUUGAGGGACGCUGCCCUGUGAAACUGACCUCAGUCCUGUCCCCUGACACUGGGGACAGUUGUGUCACUGUCCGCGUUUGGAUGAAGGCUGAUGAUUUCCGUAAGGCCCCGAGGAUUGAGAUUCACCACCAAGCCACUAUUAUAUUGUUGAAAAGGGAAAUCAAAAAAAAGUGUGGCAAGGAAAACAAAAGAGAAAACAACAAGAGGAAAGGACACGGGACCCAAGUCAUUUGUGACAGGGGUGACAAGCAGCUGUUGCCACACAGCAAUACCAGCUUUUCCCUGUGUGAGCUGGUACACGAUUGUGUCAAGGCUGAAGCAGAAAGUGUUGUUUCUGUGUCCUACAGCACAACAUCAACCAGCUGCAAUGUCACUUACACAGUACCAGAUCCUACACCAGACUUUGAUCUGUCUGUGAAUCAGUCCUCUAAGUCCAUCAGCAUCACUGUGGAAUCUGAACACAAAGUCCAUGCCAGAUGGUGUUACCAAAAAAGUCCAUACGACUGCAUCAGUGGGGAUCAUUCCUGCCAGAUUACUAUCGACCCAUCUCAGUCUCGAUCGGCUCUUCUUAACAUCCCUCACCUGCUGCCCUGUGUCUGCGUGCAGGUAUAUUACACUUACACAGAUUCCCGUCGACGGACAAAGUGCCCAUUUCGAAAUGAAAGUCUCACAGAUGUCAGCGAUGUUUGGGACUCCUCCAGCGUCACACUGUAUGACUCAGGUUUUGUACUGAAAACAGUGUGUCCAGCCGGCGACCUCAAGAUCGCUGCCUCCCUCUGCUGGAGACAACACGAACACCUCUGCACACCCGUGCCCAACUCCACGCUGAAGGAGAAGGACGGUGGACAACACUUUAUAUACAGCACAUCCGAAGUAGACAAACACCCUCAGAUGUGCGUGCAGUUUUCUCUGCAAGGCAGCUUUAAUAUCUCUUGCCCCUUCGAUGCUGAUAUGUCCUCGUGGGAGGUGUAUAUCAGAACGGGCAGCAAGACUGUGUCUGUGUAUCUCACUUCUACUGAUCCAGCAAAGUUCUCAGCACAGCUUUGUGUUCUCAGUGAGAAGGGAUGUACGCCCACGGGGGAGAUCCACACAGUAACAAUGGAUGGUAACAUUAGUGACACAAGGAUGGAAGUGCCUCUUUACUCUCUUGCUGAGCAGCCCUGCGUGCAGAUGUGGCAGUCAAGUCCUUUUCUUCGUGGAAGAAGAAUUCUGUGCCCAGACUACACGCACAACAGAUGUGGCUUUUAUGCUGUGGCAGUCCUGAUAUUUGUGGUUAUGGCUGCAUUGCUGGGAAUUUUCAUACACCGUCUAACCAAGAGUGGAGCUGCAGGUUGGCUCAGUAUCCAGAAGCCAGUGUUGCUGGUGUGCUCAUCAGAGCAGUCAGCUCAUGUCUCUGCUGUUUGUGCAUUAGCAUCAAUCCUGCAGGGGGAGCUUAGUGCCACCGUGCACCUGGUUUUAUGGGCCCUAAGCUCUCAAACAAAGACUGGAGUGGGAGAUCUGGGUCCACUUCCGUGGUUGUACGGGCAGUGGGAAGCCGUGCGUAAGGCUCAAGGAAAAGUGCUGAUUGUUUGGAGUCCUGAAGGCAGGAGGACCUAUGAGAAGUGGAGGGAGGACAGGGCAAAUGUGCACAAGAAUGAGAGAAAAAAGGAAGAUUACAGCAAAGCUGAACCGAGUCACAAGAAGUCCGAUGUAGAGAUUGAGGAGAUUUUUAAACUAAAUGGAAGAAGACUGGGAAAAUGCAAAAAAGAGAGAGCUGUGGGAAAAAAAGAUAGCAUUAAAUUAUGUGAUCAUAAAGACUGGUACCCCCAGAGAGAAGCCUCUACAGUGAUAGAACCAGUGUUCACAGCUGCUCUGGCCUGCCUAGAGGGGGCGCUACAGAGCUGCAAAGGUCAAGGAGUGGCACUUGUUUACUUUCAAGGCCUUUGCCACAGCAGGGACAUCCCAAAGGCCUUCAGAGGUGUCCCUCGGUACUGCUUGCCGCAGAAUUUCAGGGGUUUAAUACAGGAGCUGGGAGGAAUGAAAAGACAGACAAAAACUGGUAAACCGAGCGGGCAGUGCUGGCACAGACUCCUGUCUAAAGUGCUGUCAAUAUGGCUGGCACGUCGGCUCGCCCAGAAACUACAAACACUGCUGCCUCAUACGCAAGGAAAGAAAAUGCAAGAGCCGAGUGUCACAUCGUCACUGAAAAUGAUCUCCGAUAAGACACAGAGGCUCAAGUUGCCACUGGCGGCCAGCACGGCGAGACCAAGAACUGUACAAGAGCACGAGCCUCUCCACGAGUCACCAUGGAGAGCAGAGAAACUUUAAUCUCAGGUUUCAAAGUGUCUGAUGGCAAGAGAUGUUUGUUCUGCUGGAAACGCGAUACGUACAUCAGACACGGGUGCUGACGUUCCAUUGUAAACACCUCGACUCAACAACUGUUCAUUAAUUCAACACCACAUGUCCAAAACGCCACGACUUGUUUGCAUAUUAAGAAGAGAAAUACUCCAACCUGUCUGCUGCAUUUAGUCCAACAGGAGCUCUUUAUGUUGCUUGUGUGACUGAAGGCUCGGUAAACACCUGUCUUAUCUUUGCACAGAGGAUAAUCACUAUGAAAAUCUGCUUGCAAAUUAUACCUCACUUUCUUCAUGAAUGCGUCUAAUGUUUGACAGCGUUGUGUGCGCAGGUGACAAACUGUGUGACCGCUGUUGACAUGAACAUCCAAAUUUGCAUAAGAUUCUCUAAACACAGAUGUUGUGCCAAGACUGACCCAGGAUUUCCAGGUGAAAAGAGGAAUUGGCCUGUCGCGCUUCAGUGUUUUGGCAGUUAAUUCACUUGAUCAUGUGUUUAAGUGUUUUACAUGUAGACUGUUUUUCUGCCACUCUGUUAUUAUAUAUAUUUACACACAUACUACCUCCUAAAAGCUGAGUGUAAAUCAGUGAGCUUAACUGUCUCCAUAAUUUGUUUAUCCUGCUUCAGUGUACAGUGUUGAAGUAUUAGCCUAUAACACUGCCGGCAUUAUAAAACAUUUUGGAUUAAAAAUGAAGAAUGCUUUUAUUUAAAAAGAAAAACAUGUAUAAUGACUGAAAUUACUGAAAUGACAGAGUAUCCACUUUUAUAUUGCUAAAAUCUUUUUUUCCCCCCCUCAGAGUUUAUUUUACAACCAUUUUCUUAAAUCAGUUUGUUCAAAUGAGUUCCAUAACUCACGUACAGUAACGAAACACUCCUUCAGUACAGACUUGCUCAACGGGAUUUAUAAGGAAGUGGACCUAAA